CAACACAUGUUCUAAUAAAGAAUUAAAUAAAAGUUUUCAUUUAUCCAUUAAUUAUUAAAUAAAAUAUUUUUAAUUUUUAAAUUAAUUUAAUGGUAUAUUAAUAAAAAAUGACGAGUGCUAGUAGUGUCACAACUAACCCUUCUACGUUAUUACCUCUGGAAUUGGUCGAUAAAUGUAUUGGUUCAAGGAUACAUAUUAUUAUGAAAAAUGAUAAAGAAAUUGUAGGCACUUUGAAAGGUUUUGAUGAUUUUGUUAAUAUGCUGCUAGAUGAUGUAACAGAAAGUGAAGCAACUCCAGAAGGAAGGAGAGUUACAAAAUUAGAUCAAAUAUUAUUAAAUGGAAACAACAUUACAAUGCUUGUACCUGGUGGAGACAUGCCAGAAACUUGAAAACUUUAAAAACUAACCUAAAAAUAUUUUUAUAUUAUCCUAUAAUUUCAUUUUAUACUAAAUU